AUGUGCGACAUGACUGGAAUGAAUCAUGGCACUCUUCUAUGUUCUGGAAAGGAUAGUAAACACGAGCCAGAACUCGCCAGCCCCUUGAGUCAGAUUACACGAGAAACCGCCAUUCACCCAUACGAGGGUGGCCGGGUCUAUAUUCAAAUUUCCACGAACGGCGCAAUGAAUCGACAAGAUUCCAACCUCCAUAUCUCUUAA